AUGGCCCUGCAGAGGAACAACAGAGUUAGUUCGAAAUGUAUAGAAUCCCUUAAGAACAUGAAGAAUGGAUUUUCAGAAAGGAAAGAUGUGCCUUCGAGGUUGGGCGAAUCAAAGUCAAACAUGUCAAACUCAGAGUCAAAGUUUAAUCAUGAGACAAUUGGAAGCCAUUUUGAAGAAUCAUUUGAGGAAGCUACGUUGUUGACUGCUUUCCUGACCUAUCUCAGUUAUCUCAUCUUGGCUCUGGUAGGUUAUGUCCAAGAUACGCUUAGAGAUAUUGGACUUGCCAAAAGCCUUGCAGCUCAAGAAUGUAGUAAGCUUAAGUCCUUCGUGCCACUGUACCAAGACUUUGACAGUUUCUUCACACGUCAUGUCUACCGAAAAAUACGGGACAAUUGGAAUGUUCCGAUUGCCAGUGCUCCUACUGCACGUUUUGAUCUGAUGGGGAGAUACAGCGAAGAUCACUUUUGGACAUUCAAAGCUACGGGUAAAACUCAUCGUGCAAUAAACAUUGGGUCGUACAACUAUCUCGGCUUUGCUGAACAAGAUGGUCCGGGAAUGGAGUCUGUGAAGAACUCAACCUGCUUUUAUGGGAGUGGGGUUUGCAGUACCCGCCAAGAGUUAGGUAAUCUAGCCAUUCACAAAGAGUUGGAGACUUGCAUCGCUGAGUUCUGCGGGCAAGAGGAUGCCAUAACCUAUGGGAUGGGGUUUGCCACAAAUGCUCUUAAUAUUCCUACACUUAUGGGAAAGGGUUGUUUGGUUGUCAGUGAUAGACUAAACCAUGCAUCUCUUGUACUGGGAAUCAGACUGUCGGGCGCUUCUGUCAAAGUUUUUGAACAUAACAAUAUGGAAAGCUUAGAGAAGUUGUUGAAGAAAGCCAUCAUUGAGGGUCAACCAAGGACACAAAGGCCAUGGAAGAAAAUUCUCAUCGUAGUUGAAGGAAUUUAUAGUAUGGAAGGGUCUAUCGUGAGACUCCCGGAACUGAUAGCAUUGAAGAAGAAAUACAAAUGCUAUCUUUACCUUGAUGAGGCGCACAGCAUCGGGGCCAUCGGGCCGACCGGCCGCGGGGUGGUGGAAUACUUUGGUUUGAAUCCCAGGGACGUCGACAUCAUGAUGGGUACAUUCACCAAGAGCUUUGGUGCUGCCGGUGGCUACAUCGCGGGGUCAAAGGAGUUGAUAGAUCACCUUCGGAUCCACUCACACAGUUCAGCCUACUCCAGCUCCACCCCAGCUCCUGUGGUAGAACAGGUCCUUAGGACGGUCAAGAUCAUCAUGCAAGAAGAUGGGUCCACAGAAGGUCAGAAGAGAAUUCAAGCACUGCGAAGAAAUACAAAGUAUUUCAGGAGACGCCUUCGUGAGCUGGGGUUCCUCACCUACGGGAAUGUGGACUCUCCUGUUGUUCCAAUGCUGCUCUACUACCCUUCAAAGCUGGCGGCGUUUGCCAGGGAGUGUCGUAAACGUGGUCUUGCCGUGGUCGUUGUAGGUUUUCCGGCUACGCCUAUCAUCGAGGGCAGGGCUAGGAUUUGCCUUUCUGCCUCGCACACCAUAGAAAUGCUUGAUGAGGCCUUGAAGAUAAUGGAUGAAGUUGGUGACUUGCUCAAUGCGAAAUACUCCAGACGCCAGCUGAUAAAGCAAGAGUUAAAUGGCAACUGCCAUACUUAGCUUCAACUUACACUGCCUUCAGCCGAACAAAUGCAAUCAAGUCUUCCUACAACUCAGAACAAAUGUCUUUGUAAAACUAAGUUUAUUGCUUGAAUUAAAUGAUAUUAUUGAUCUUCUGCAUGGUUUUUGUAAUAAUCCAUAUAAAGCAACUCAUCAAUCUUCAUUCUGAGAAUUUUAUUGUAGUACUUCUUUAUUAAUUCAGUGCUUCCUUGCAUGAAUAGGAUUUCCAGUCAGCUAGCUUGAUUACCAAUGUAAUAUUUUUUUGUUGUACAAUAUUUAACCUUAAUAGCAACUCAUUAAUUUUCAUGCUGAGAAUGUUUAUUGUUAAUUCCUUUUUAUUUGUUAAUGCAGUGCUUCCUUUCCCUUACAGGAUUUCCAGUAAGCUAGCUUGAUAUUUGCCAACAAUGCUGUAUUUUUCUUUCUUCGUACAAUAUCCAACUGUUGUUUUGUGGUAUUUAGUGUUUUAUCUUU